AUGGAUGCCUCAGGCCCUUUCUGGUGGCAGCUGCGCAGCCAACACUCUCAGGCUCCGGGACGCCUCCGCUGCCCACUUUGCUCCAGACUGGCUUUCAUCCCACGUGCAGUGGCCACCCUAGAGGUGGGGGGUGGGGAUGGGAAUGGGAGCAGCCAGGGCGGCCUGUCAGCACUCCCUCCAGGCCCUCUUGGGGGGACCUUCUCAAGCCUGAGGCCCCCUCCCAGCCUGUGGGAGGAGGCUAUCUCAUCAGGUCUCACCCAAACUUGGGAGAGUCAGACCCAGGUGGAGAGCCCUUCCGGGCUCCAAGAUUGUGCCUGCUCUUUCCUCUGUCCCCCAACAAUAAAGCUAAGGUCUCAGACAGCCGAACCUGCCUCACAGCGGUGUUAUGAGAACUCAGUUCCUGAGCCAGGGGGAGCAGGAAGGCUAGGAGAGUCAGACCCAGGUAGAGAGCCCUUCCUGGCUCCAAGAUUACGCCUGCUCUUUCCUCUGUCCCCCAGCAAUAAAGCUAAGGUCUCAGGCGGCCAAGCCUGCCUCGCAGUGGUGUUGCAAGAACUCAGCGAGAACUCACAGAGAAUGGGCUGGCGGACAGCAAGAACAAUGGAUCACCCUGAACGAGCUGCAGUCCCUGUUCCUGGAACCCCACCUCCAGGCCUGCUACCCAACCAGUGGCAGGUGUCCUCCGGCUCUUAUGCCCCACAGAACCUGAGGUCAUCAAGCAGCACCUUCGCAGGCUCAGCCAGCCCCAUCGACCUCCUGUCCUUCUUCAAACAACCGGUAGCAGCCACCAGGACAGUCGUUCACGUGGCCUUGGGGCUGCUGGAAGAAAAGUUACAACUCCAGGCGUCCAGAUCCUUCAGUGUCGCUGGUACUUUGGAAUGUGCUAAUGAACCCCAGCUGCGGCUGCUGUCCAAGGCCAGUGACUGCGCUCCCCAGGAAGAAGCUGAGAAUUGUAGUAACCAAUAUCGCACCAUCACCGGGAGACGCAACAACAAGAGGAGACCCUGGCUGGGGGUCUCCAACCAGCCUCUGGUGUGCUGGCUGCCAGCCGAGAACGAAGACAGGCUGUCUCUCCCCUUCGGCUGGACCCGCAAGAGAUGCAACAGCUUGCCCCUCCCUGUUGUCCAGGCUGUCUCCAACCAGACCAUGCACUUCUGCUGCGAGAGGCUGACUUCUGACCACCGGUCCCUUAAGUUCAUGCAGUGUGGCCAGUUCAUUGACUGUGACUUGGACUUCCCUGCUGAGUCCCCAGCCUUCACUGAGGGUAUUGACUGUGAGAGCUCCUGUGCCCAGCUGCCCUCCUGCUUCCCCAUCAAGACCCUGCCCAAUGACCCACGCAUCGCCAGUCAGCAAGACUGCAUCUCCUUCUUUGCUUGGUACAAAAGCAAAAACAAAGUCCACAACCAGAUCAAUGGACUCACCUCCUUCAUGGACGCCAGCAUGUUGUAUGGCAAUGAGGUUGCCCUCACCAUGUAGCUCCGCAACCAAACCAAGUUCCUGGGGCUUCUCACACUCAGCACCCGCUUCCAGGACAACAGCCAGGCCCUGCUGCCCAUUGACAACCUGCGCAAUGACCCUGCCUCCUCGCUGACCACUCGGCAUGCCCCUUGCUUCCUGGCAGGUGAUACCCGGUCAACUGAAACCCCAAAACUGGCAGUCAUGCACACUUGGCUGGUGACUGAGCUGAGACGCCUGGAUCCCCGGUGGACUGGAGACAAGCUGCACCAGGAGGCUAGGAAGAUCGUGGAGGCCGUGGUCCGGAUCUUCGCCUACCAGCACUUUCUGCCCCCGGUUCUGGGAGAGAACAGGGCCAGGAAAGCCCUGGGGCCCUCCAGGGGGUACCAUGCCAGUGUCUUCACUCUGGCCUUCCGCUGCAGCCACGCCACGCUCCAGCCCUUCAUGUUCCACCUGGACAGCCAGUGCCAGGCCUCAGCACCCAACCCCCGAGUCCCACUCAGCUCUGCCUUCUUUGCCAGCUGGCAGACUGUGUAUGACAGUGACCAGGUUCCCCAGGGGCAGGUGGGAGUGGGGGAGGAGCCCAGCUUAGUGCCAGGAGGCCAGGCCUCUGCUGAUCGUCUCCCCAGGACCGUGAAAAUAAAGCAGGUGCCACCAAGACCCUCAGUCACGAGUCUGCCACCCCCUCCGGGAUUAGAGGAUUUCUGA